GAAGAAGGAGCACGGAACAGGACGAACACCAAGGACACGCCUCUUUGCAUCUGCCGGGGACAUUCACUUGUGAUCAUUCUGCUGCUUCUGAUUCGGGAACCAUACUUCGGCGACGAUGAAUAAGAACAUGGACGCCCAAGAUCGGCCCACCUACGAUGGCCAACUUCACAAGCUCAUCAUCCUGUUCAUUAUGACUGCGGGCAGCGCGAGAGCUACUCACUUUCCAAUGUUGUUCUUGCUCUAUGGCGGAGCGCCCUUCUUGAUAGCGUACUUCACCUUUCUGUUGACCAUCGCGAUGCCCAUGAUGCACCUGGAGAGCAACCUCGGCCAGUUCAUCGGCGACGGCAAUCGGGGCAUUUUUGAAGCAGUCCCGCUAUUCCUGGGUGUGAGCUAUUCUAUGGUUGCGUACACGACGUUGCACAUGAUCGGCGACUCCCUGGCCCUUUCCAACUGCCUUCUGUACGUGGCCCACUCCAUAUAUGGCGAGGCCUGGAGCGCCUGCAUUGCCACCUGGGGCCCUUAUAACAGAUCUUGUGCUGCUAGCAACCCAGGCAUGGCAACUUGCCGAAUGAUUCGAAGCCGUAUGGCCGAGAGUUAUGAAGGUGUCAACCGUCAACAGGAGGGCGUUCCAGUGAAUGGCGAAGCGGGCGUUGCGCUCGUACCAUCUGCGGUGUAUCACCAGGAAGCUACAUCAUGCACUGCAAUGCGUAGCUACAUGCAGGGCUUUCACAUAUUGAACGCGGAAUUCAUUCAAAGUCCCUUUGCUACCGUUCAAGCGCCGUUCCUGUUGACGAUUGUGGUUAUUUGGCUCCUUGUGUUUCUCGUCGCCCACGGAGGACUUUUGAGAGCCAGAUUCUUCUUCUUCCUGAUGACGUGGAUUUGCAUGACAUCUACAGUGGUGCUUCUACUCCGGGGAAUCACUUUACCAGGCGGUCCAGACGGGCUUGAUUUGUUUCUACAACCUGACUGGAACAAGUUCAGCAGCUAUGAGAUGUGGUCAGACGCCCUCUAUCUGUCCUUGGAAAGCGUCGGAGUGACGGGUGGAACGUACUUGGCCAUCGUCAAGCUGAACCACUUCAAGAACGACUUCCAAAAUGACGUACCGUUUGUGCUGGCGGCGGACACCGUGUACAAAGGCUUGGGGAUCUUCACGACUUUCCUGUUUCUUGGGCACCUGUCCAAUACAACGAGAAUCGAUAUCAGCAUGUUAGUGAACGUGGAUUCCAGGUUCAUCGUGAGCAUCAAUCCUCAUGCCAUGAGCAUCGUCAGCUUCCCUGAGCCCUGGAGUCGCAUCCAUUCCUUCUGGCUCAUAUCAACCGUGCUACCCAAAUUUAUGGUGCUUCCCGACAUCAUACUGGAACUUUUAUCGCCCGUCUACCUACCCUUCCGAGAGAACAGGUCAAUGGCGCACUUUAUCACCUGCACUGCCCUCAUCAUACUCAGCAUCAUCUUCUGCACCCCAGGUGGCAUGAGCGUUGCAGAAUCGUUCUUCCAUGGCUACGACCAGGACAUCCGCUUUGUCAUCCUUAUUAUAGAGUGUCUCGUCUUCUUACAGAUCUAUGGUCGACGAAGGUUAGGCAUCGACUGCAAAGUAAUGCUCGGUAUCGAGCCAGAUUUCUUCGUAAAAUUCGGCUGGACGUCGAUGGCUCCUCUCACGGCUUCUGUGAUAAUCUUGGCAAGGACGGUGCUCGGAUCGUGGGAGGACACAUUGUACCCAGGGUGGAUGACGGCGCUUUUCGUGUGGCUUGAUUUCGUGGAAUUAAGCUUCAUUCCUAUAAUGAUGAUAAUUAUCCUCAAUUACACGCAGUCGAACUACUCUCAGGCUUUGGCUCCCCUACCAACAUGGGAACCAGACUCGUGGGAAGAGGCGAUGCAGUACCGCCAGCUCUUGGUGGCCUGUGGAUUGAACAAGCUCGAUCGGAUCGCUGAGAUGGUCCCCGACGUCGCUUCUGGCGCGGGUACUCAGUUCGACAGGGCAGGUACCAGCGGAAACAGCCCUCACCCCGCCAUUCGUCAGCGCUCUGACGCGCCAAGUUAUGCAAGCCCCGCCAGGCCCUCCAAUAUGAAGGCGGAGGAGACCAAGACGGGCGAGAGCGCCGCUCCAAUACCAGCAAACGUGUCUCAGGCUGGAAGUGCCGCGAUUCCUCAGGAGCAAGGAAAAUCCAGUGGGAUUGUCAGUCCGCCUGAGGCUAUUGCUUCUGUCCACGCGACACAAGAAAAGAAUACACCCUCGGUGGCAGGUCAAGAGCAGCAGGUGCCGCCAAGCGGGACAGCGGAACAGGAGGGCGUCAUAGAACAAGUACCACAAGAAGUACCACAAGAAGUACCGGGCAAAAAGAAAACUCGCAAGAAGAAGAAGACCAAGAAGACUUCCGCCGCUCCAUCGGAGGACACUCCGUAGUCCUUGGACAAUGCUAAUCUUUGUUUAACCAAUUUAUAAUAUAUUUCCUAUAUCCUCA